AUGUCUAGCGGACGGUCGGAAGGAAGCCGAGACCGGACAGCCGAGGCCCUGGAGCGGAACAGCUGCACGGAGGAUGUCCCUGUCAUUGAGCGCAGGAACCGCAGUGGCAUCAUCAGUGAGCCUCUGAGUAAGAGCCUUAAGAGGUCCCGCACCCUCUCCCAGUACACAGCAGCCUGCCCCACCAACACUAAUGGACACGCACACCACAAUGGAGAGGCCAAGAGCCACCUGGCCAAGCCCCAGCCGCCCCCACAGCCCCAGCCCACCGUCUCAGCGCUUGCGGCAGCCAAGCUGGACCGGACCCUGGAGCAGGUCUUGGAGGGACAGAACGGCCUCCUGCACUUUGCCCAGGCGGCGGAGCUGCUAAAGAGGGCUGGGAUGGAGCACAUGCUGCUGCCGGGGGGCAUGGGGAUGGGGAUGGGGGGUAGCGAUUCAGGCUCAGGGGCAAGCGACUUGGAGGGUGCGUCUGCUGUGGACUCUAUUGGCGGUGUUGCGGACUUCCCGUACGGUGUUGGAGGCGGCUUCCCGUUCAACCCGGGGCUGUUCAUCAUGACACCGGCAGGAGUGUUCUUGGCCGACAGCGCGCUGCACAUGGCCGGCCUGGCCGAGUACCCGGCGCAGAGCGAGCUGGCCUCGGCCAUCAACUCCGGCAAAAAGAAGCGGAAACGCUGCGGCAUGUGCCCGCCCUGCCGCCGGCGGAUUAACUGCGAGACGUGCAGCAGCUGCCGGAACCGCAAAACGGGCCACCAGAUCUGCAAGUUCCGCAAAUGUGAGGAGCUGAAAAAGAAACCGUCUGCCGCUCUGGAGGUGAUGCUUCCUACAGGAGCAGCAUUCCGGUGGUUCCAGUAAGACUCUGACCCUCCUCCACCCCUAACCCUACCUACCCAAACCCAAAGCUCUGCGAUCAAGUGCAAUGCCAACUCUCGCUUGGAUUGUCUCGGCACGGACACUGGCUGACAAGCAAACAAACAACGAAAAUAUACAAAAAAACUAAACAGAAAUUAUACAAAAAUAACCAAUUGAGUAAUGGAUGCACCUGCUUAUUCCUUGAACCAAAAAUUUAACAUACAGAAAAAUAUCUAUGGCAACUUUCAUUCCCUUUUCUAUGUUUCCAUUUUGGUACCUUUUGUCCUUUUUCCAGCAGGUUUUUUCUGUCUCUCAGACAUGGAACUGUUCAUUGCCAAACAGAAAUGACGGACUGAGUGUUGGACAAUCAACUAAUUUGUGUGUUUGGUGUUAACGUUGUUCACGUGUGGAAAGAUACAGUACUUGUGUAGAGAAUGUACAUUUACGGCUAUAUUUUAAAACCAGUGGCUAAUGGCAGGCACUAUUGUAAUUUUAGCACCAUUGUUCUUAAACUUAAACCCUUGUCUAUUUCAUGAUUUGUUUUGUUUUAAGAAUAUUGUUUUGAAACGGAUCAAUGGUUGUCUUUGAAAAGAAAAAGGAAAUAUUUCAAAAUGUAAAAAAAUACUUAUCGAAAUGAAAUAGCAACUGUUAUCCCAACGGGCAGAAGUCCAGGGGACUCUUUAGCAGGAUGAUGCUAUCCUCCAGAGAACUGGGAUCUCCCCAACCAACAAACCAACCAACAAACCAACCAACCAACCAACCGUGUUUUCCACGCCUGUAUUUCCAAGCUUUUUAUUUUGUGAAACUGGCAGCCUUACGUUCCUGUGGCCCAAACUAGUGUGUGUCAUGAGGAUCCCAACACAGAGGGCGACAGCACUAGGAGACAGCACUUCCAUUUGGAAUAGCACAGAGGGUGACAGCACUAGGAGACAGAACUUCCAUUUGGAAUAGCUUAGCUCUGGGUCUACCCAUUUGAACGCACUGAAACAAGAUUUCUUAGGUUUUUUUCCAUUUUUUUUUCUUUAUGUUGCUGGUAGCUACAUCUUUUAAAACAACAGCGAUGUUUGUAUUCAUUUAGAAAAUUGGACUGGUUUUGUGAAUAAAAACGAAUGCAUGUAUUUGUG